AGGCUCUAUUCGCUCUUGGCUUAUCCAAUUAGAAACAUUAACUGAAUUCUGAAAAAUUGAAAAAACUUCAAAGAACUAUGCUUCCUUCCAAUCGUCUUUCUCCUGCUGCAAAUUUUUUCUUGCUUCCAUCAACAUCAUCAUACUCUCCCUCUAAACAUGUUUUGUUCUACCCGAAAUUGUAUGUUGAUGGGUGAGCUCAAAUUCAUCAAUGCGUAUGAUCUUUACGCGUCAGGGAUUUGGAUUUCGAGGAAUCGAAGUCCAAGAAAACGAAGACAGACGACAACAAUGAGUGUUGAAACUGACGUGGUGCCUCCUCAAUCAGGGAAUCGGCUCUACCUUGGGAUGGAUUUUGGUACUUCUGGCGCAAGAUUUGCGCUCAUUAACAAAGAUGGGGAUGUUUGUGCGGAAGGAAAGAGGGAGUAUCCGCUUUAUAAGGAGGAAUUCAUCUAGUGUAAAUUUCAUUAAUUUGCAACAUGAAUACAGUACUUGGUACUGAUGUUACUUUACGGUUGUCUAGAAAGAGCCACGAAACAAUCGAUUGGGCAAGAUCGUGGAAAACGACACUUUUUUCACUGCUUGAAGAUGUUCCAAAUCAUUAUCGUCAUUUGGUGGCAUCAAUUUCUAUUGAUGGCACAUCUGCAACCACCUUAAUUGUGGACAGCAACACGGGACAGCCAUUGUCAAAGCCAUUGUUAUACAAUGAGAGUUGUCCUGAUGCCUUACCAUUGGUGAAGUCUAUUGCUCCAGUGAACCAUACAGUCUGCUCUGCAUCAUCUACUUUAUGCAAGCUGGUUUCAUGGUGGAACAGUGCUGACUCGAAUAAAGAAUCUGCUACAUUGUUACAUCAAGCAGAUUGGCUGUUGUGGUUUCUACAUGGAAAGCUUGGGGUUUCAGAUUAUAAUAAUGCUUUGAAGGUUGGCUAUGAUCCUGAAAUUGACUCUUACCCACCCUGGCUUCUUGCUCAACCAUAUUCUCAACUUUUACCUUACGUCAAAGCCCCUGGAACUUCUAUUGGAAAUUUGAAAGAGGACAUUAGAUCACAAUUUGGUUUUCCAAAUGAUUGCAUUGCAUGCACAGGAACCACAGAUAGCAUUGCUGCAUUUCUUGCAGCACGUGCUACACUGCCAGGGCAAGCUGUCACUUCCUUGGGCUCCACGCUUGCCAUAAAACUAUUGAGUAGCAAUCGGAUCGACGAUGCAAGGUUUGGAGUGUACAGUCACCGACUUGACAAUAUGUGGCUCGUUGGAGGAGCUUCAAACACAGGAGGAGCCGUUCUUAGACAAAUCUUUACUGAUGACCAAUUAGAAAAUUUGAGCAAACAAAUUGAUCCAAUGAAAACUUCUCCUUUAGAUUAUUAUCCCUUAACUUCAAUUGGAGAGAGGUUCCCAGAGGCAGACCCCCAAAUGGCUCCCAGAUUACAUCCACGGCCAGAAAGUGAUGUUGAAUAUUUGCAUGGAAUUUUGGAAUCUAUUGCUCGUAUUGAGGGAAAGGCUUAUAGGUUAUUGAAGGAUCUAGGAGCAAGUGAGGUUGCAGAAGUGUUGACAGCAGGAGGUGGAUCCAAAAAUGAGAAAUGGACAAAGAUACGAGAGAGAGUUCUUGGUUUACCCGUGAGUCGGGCAAUUCAAACUGAGGCUGCCUAUGGAGCUGCUCUAUUGGCUUUAAAAGGUGCUCAAUCAUGACUGCUUUCUACAUUUCUUGAAGCCAAAUCAAGCUUUUGUAGAAUAUUUAAAUUACAAAUGUGGAUGAAAUUCAAAUUGGAUCAAGUGUGAUUAACAAAUACAUCCCAAAUUUUGUAGAGCUGUUUAAUCUGAUUUACUCAACAAGUGUCAUUUGAUUGCUACGUUGUUUCUAAAUUAUGCAUUAUAAAUGCCUACUCCAACCCCUAAUUUAUA